AUCCCAGCGCCGAGCUGUGCAGUACACACAGCGUAACGGUCGCGGCCAGGCGCCCACUUUACGUACGUUUCGGUCGCGCGCGCCACACGCACACGAGACACCGUCGCACACGAACUUUCGCGCGCGAUCGACACGAUCUUAAUUCCAACCAUCGUCGUGUCCAUACAAUACCGAUUAACGGUAAUUACGACGAUAUCGUAACAACAAUAAUUAGUAAUUAUCCGUUGUUGUUAAUCGCGUCGACCUCCCCUACCCACCGCACGGUUCACCGGCGUUUUUUUUUUGGCGAGGCGGAAACGGUUUACAUCGGCGGCGACAACGACGACGAUCACCCGGCACCGUCAAACGAUAAUAAUAUCGUAGUGUAUCGUCUAGAAAAUCGUCUUUUGCCGGCCGGUCGCUGUGGGGCGAACGCGACACAACCGGCCUGUCGCGGCGAUAUGUGACGCGACAUCGCAGCAGACACACGUGCGCCCGUGCGCGCGUGUUUCUUCCGGUCUGCGCGCCUGCACAACGUCCGUUUUCUAAGACCGUGGGUACGGUAACAAUAAUAAUAUUAUCAUUGUCAUUAUUGCGUUGCACGUGCUAUAUAGUCCAUAUAUUUAAGCAGUAUAUAUAGUAUUAUUGAUAGUACCUAAACAGUAUUCGCGGACUGCGUGCAUUUGCGGUGUUAUUGUUUUGUUUCCGUUGUACCUUUGCGGCGGUAAAAGAAAAAAAAAGUCUUCAUUAGUCGUCACGCAUCGCCGUUAUGCGGCUGUGGCCGUCCAACCACGUCCACCGACAUCCACGCGCCGGUCGUGGCGCCGCCGCCGGCGAUACCGGCGUCCGUCGUUGCGCCGGCCACAACCACGGCGGUCGUUGUCCGUCCGUCGCUGCAGCAAUCGUACCACCACGUGUCGCUCGCCGAUUGCAGUCUUUCCGCGCCUAUUAGACGUUCACAAGAAAGAACACAAAGAAAUGAGUUCAUUAGUUGGCUGAAUAAAUAAGAGAAAAGAUAUCUCCGAAUUUAACUUUGAUAUCAAAAUGUCUGAAAAAAGCUACAGGGUUCGGAUGAGGUGGACGGGCUGCAGUCGUACAGCAACUGUGGCUCAGUGAUAAACCGGACCACGAUGGACCUGGACGCUGACGAGGUAGAGCGAUGGCUGUGCGAAAAAGCGCCGCAAGACCUGGUGGACCGCGUGAUCCGGGCACGGCUCCAGCACCGCACCGGGUCGUUGACGAUAAGUCGGGCGAAACGCGGUUCCAUGACGUCUGAGAUGUUCAACACUUGGCUCGCGUCGUCGCCAAUCAAACGUUCGAGGUCGCCGAACAGAGUAACGCGGAGCAGUGGAGAAUGGAGGCAUCAUUUGGGUUUGUUAGACGAAGGGGAGCUUUUUAUGGAGCUCAUUCGAGAUGUGUCGAACGAAUUGGAUAUCGACGUCCUAUGUCACAAAAUACUUGUCAACGUCGGUAUAUUAACCAGAGCCGACCGUGGCAGUUUAUUCCUAGUGAGAGGCAAACAUCUGGUGGCCAAACUGUUCGACGUAACUGUAGACACGGAACUGAGCGAAGCCGUCCACAAGGCGAAAGAAGAAGAAAUCCAAAUACCAUUCGGAGUUGGGGUGGCGGGAACGGUGGCGGAAACAAAGCAAGUAGUCAACAUCAGAAACGCGUACCAGGACCCACGGUUUAACCGGGAAAUCGAUCACAUGACGGGCUACACGACCAAUUUGAUACUGUGCGUGCCGAUCUGCAACUACGACAACGACGUGAUCGGAGUGGCUCAGAUAAUCAACAAGACCGACGGCAGCCAUUCGUUUACCGAACACGACGUAGAGAUUUUCCAGAGGUACCUGACGUUCUGCGCAAUCGGAAUACAAAAUGCUCAACUGUUCGAAAAGUCUAUACAGGAAUUCCAGAGAAAUCAAAUGUUACUCAGUUUGGCUAGAAGCAUAUUCGAAGAGCAAAACAAUCUUGAUUGUCUAGUGUCGAAAAUCAUGACCCAGGCCAGAGAUCUGAUCAAAUGCGAACGUUGCGUCGUCUUCCUGCUGGACUUGGAAUGCGAAGAAGCUAGCCAUUUGGAACACUUUGGAGCCAAGCCAGGGAAUUAUUCGCUGGAAAAAAAAGCGUCUACCAAAAACAGUACAGACACGUUAGCCGAAGAGGUUGCUGUUACUCAAGAACAGCAAAAGGACAUCAAUUUCACCACGGUUUUUGAAUUGGGUUCGGAACUCGGGGUUAAGAAAAUCAAUAAAAACGUCAAGCCUUCUAAACUUCUUCAGAUUGCACAAGAAGUGGCCAGCUCUACUCAGUUAUUGAACAUAGCAGACGUACAAGUUUGGGCUGCCUCGUUAAGCCGACAACCGAGCAUGGAUAGCGAUGACGGAUGCACGGAUCAAGUACCCAUCAAGUCCAUACUAUGCAUGCCGAUAUUAAACGGCAAAAAAGAUGUGAUCGGUGUUGCGCAAUUGAUAAAUAAGGAAACCGGCUUCCCAUUUACUGACUGUGACGUGGCGACGUUCGAAGCUUUUGCUAUAUUCUGCGGCCUGGGGAUUCAUAACACGCAGAUGUACGAGAGCGCAUGCAAAUUAAUGGCCAAACAAAAAGUUGCACUCGAAUGUCUGUCGUACCACGCGACCGCGUCCAUAGAUGAUACCAUCAAAUUAGCUCAAGACCAAAUUCCUUCGGCCGAGACGUAUAACCUAUAUAGUUUUAAAUUCAUAGACUUUGAUUUGUCAGACGACGAUACAUGUAAAGCAACUAUCCGUAUGUUCCUGCAGUGCAAUCUAGUACAACAAUUUCAAAUUCCAUAUCAUGUCCUUUGUAAAUGGGUAUUGAGUGUAAGGAAAAAUUAUCGACCAGUAAAAUAUCACAACUGGAGACACGCAUUAAACGUGGCACAAACAAUGUUUGCUAUGUUAAAAACUGGAAAAAUGGAAAGGUUCAUGAGCGACUUAGAAAUUUUGGGAUUGCUAGUGGCGUGUUUAUGUCACGAUCUCGAUCACCGGGGCACGAACAAUGCUUUCCAGACGAAGACGGAAUCACCGUUAGCAAUUCUUUAUACGACCAGUACAAUGGAACACCAUCAUUUCGAUCAAUGCGUAAUGAUCCUAAACAGCGACGGCAACAACAUAUUCCAAGCUUUGUCACCCGAAGAUUAUCGUUGUGUUAUGAAGCUGGUAGAAAACUCAAUUCUGUCGACAGAUUUGGCCAUGUAUUUCAAAAAGAAAAACAGAUUUAUGGAGGUCGUUGAAAAUGGUGAAUUCGAUUGGCAAAGCGAGGAGAAAAAAGCUCUGUUGUGUGGUAUUUUGAUGACUGCUUGCGACGUGAGUGCAAUCGCAAAACCUUGGGAAGUUCAACAUAAAAUGGCUAAGCUCGUGGCUGACGAAUUUUUUGAUCAAGGGGAUCUGGAAAAGUUACAACUUAAUCAACAACCGAUGGCUAUGAUGGAUAGAGAAAAAAAAGAUGAACUCCCACAGAUGCAAGUUGAAUUCAUCGAUGUCAUUUGUUUGCCACUGUACAAAGUUUUAUGUGAUACUUUCCCAUGGAUUACGCCAUUGUAUGAAGGUACACUUGAAAAUCGAAAACACUGGAAAGAUUUAGCAGAAAAAGUAGAAAUGGGCUUGACGUGGAUUGACCAUGAUAAAAUUGAAAUUCCUGUCGAAGAAUUUUUUACUCACAAAAGCACGAAAGACAUAGAAUUCACAGUAACAACACUGAAUACUACACAAAAUUCCACGAAGAAAAGCAAUACAAAAAACCUCGACCUCAACCUGGACACUUCCGCGACGUUCCACAGGAACGGCGCCAAGUUCUCCAGUUUCCGGAAAAAGCCCACUUCCAGCCGAUCUUUCCGGAACCGCGUGAGCCGGUCACUGUACAACAGCACGGCUAGCAGCAGUGUGCCCGCCUCCAUGACUUCCGACUCCGCGAAACCAUCCGACUCUGCGACCGCCGCCGAACAGCAUAACAUGAUCAGUUCCGCGUCGUUGCCGGUGUUUACGUCGCCGGCGUCCACGCCGGGCUACAGCAGCAGCAAGCAUCCCGCCCACACGCCGUCGAUGUCGGCCACGCCCGUGAAAAACAAAAGCAAAUAUUGCCGAAUUCUGUGAUAAACGUCGUUUUUUUGUAUGUUGUGUUUUUAGUUUUUUUCCCCCGUCCUAUAUGGCUGUAGUGUAGACAUGACGUGUGGUGUAAGGAUAUAGGCCGUUACCUGGUUUCAACGAUGUUCGAUCUAUGGGCUAGGGCGGGCGCCUGGAAUCUGGAACUGAAACUGAAACUGUAACCAGAACCCUUGUUCAAAUAGAUAAUAUUAUAAUGAUAUUUUUAUAAUAAUCAAGGCGUUUAUUCUGUGUUAGGUUUUUGUUUUUUUGUUUGAUUCUUAUAUACAUUAUAUUGUAACUGCAGUUCAAAAUCGGUACUAUAGCUGAAACAGAAAAUUAUGAUUUACUAUAACUGAGCUCAAUAUUAUUGGUCUUAUAAUAAAUCAAAUCCAACCGGCAUAACCGUAAAAGUUACACGAAUUUGAUAUUCUGAUAUCAUAACAAUACCUGUUAUAUUAAAAAACCAAAAUGUUGGUAAAAAAAAAAUGAGAUGAUUUAAUCAUAUAAUCGAUAUUCGAACAAACUAUAAAAUAUUAAAAAAUAGCAUUGAUUAUGGUUUAUCAUCAUUAUGUGAUUGUAUAUGUUGUUGGAUUUUUUUUCUUAAAGUAUCGGUUUAUAUAUCGGCGAUCGGCCAACCUGCCUAAAAUACUUCAGUGAUGAUUUUGAAAAAAAAUGUGGAUGGUAGAUUCUGAUUGGACCAAUUCGUGUUUAAUUCUACAUUUUUUUUUUUUACAAUUGUACAUUCUAUUUUCGAAACGAGUUGAUACGUAUAAUUAUUUUUAAAUGAAUAAGUUGUGACGAUAUUCUGUGCAGCCAACGACUGAUAAAUGCUAACCGUAUCACAUUAAACUUUCUUCAAAAUGUUCACAUGUUAUUGUAAUUGACAAUAUAAGAAUUACAUUUUUCUGUAUAAAUUUGAAGUGUUAAGUUUUUGAUUGUGGAGAAGGUUUGGGUAGUUUAUUUAAUAUUGAAUUUUAAGAUGCACAUAAUAUUAUGUUGUAUGUACAUAACACUGACUCGUUUACGCAUAAUUAUAAUGCUUAUAAUAUAUUAUUUUUUUAAUAUUAUCGUUUUUAUGAAAUCUUGUACCAUCUCCUAUUUCUCACACUACACGCCAUGCCAUCUCCACCAACAAUUACGUAUUUCCUUUUAUAAUUUAUUAUUAUUGUUACACAGACCUUCGUUUUCGUUGUCGUCUAAAAAAUAUGGACUGUUUUAUAUAAGAGUAUAUAGUAAUAUAGUUAAAAAGUAUUCUAAAUUAUUAUUAUGAUAAUUAUUUAUUAUUAAUAAUAUAUCGGAAAUUUUUAGGUCAAAAUAUUAUAAAAGAUAAUUUAUUUAAAGAAAUUGUGUUUUAAACCGGUCAAUCAUCAAUAUAAUAUUGUUUAAAAUGUUAGUUAUUUUUGUUAUUCCGACUGGAACGAAUGAAAUUUGCUCGAACGAAACAAUUAUUGCAUUUAGAAAGACAAUUAGUUUGAAUGGGCUAUCAAAUCAAAGUAAUAACGAUGUUAACAUCAAGUGAUGUUUAAUAGUUUUAUCUGUUUACUCCUGUCACAAUUUAUAAUAGAUCAUAGAUCAGAAAAACAAAAAAAAAAAUAAAUAAAUAAUAUAGCCAUAAUAUUUGUUAAAUUAAAUAUUUUAAUCGUUUAAUUUAUAAAACAAGAAAUAUAUAUUGUUGUUUUUUUUUGCACAGAAUUUGAAAAUAAAUGUAUUAUUAAUAAUAAGUCAACACUGAAAUUUAAUCAAUUUUACAUAAACGUUUACAAAAUAAUUAAAUAAUGUUACUUAGAAAAUAUCAAAUAUUAACUAUAUUCAGUGGUAUUAAAAACUUUUAAGAAAACAAUAAUUAAAUUCUUGGUUCUAUUCUAUCAUAUUAUAUUCAUUAAUAAUAAUUAAUAAUUACCUCAAAUCUAUUUUGUAAAUAAUUUUCUUUUAAUUGUUUGUUUUUGAUUUUAUUUUUAAUAAAUUAUAAUAUAAGAAUAUAUAAUAUACAUUAUAAUAUUUUCAAUCAACAAAAGUAAUUAAUUAUAAAAAACACAUGAAUACCAUUUAAUCGUUCGUAAAUUUUUGCAAUAACGUUCGUCAAAUCGUGACCCAAUAUGUAUGGUUAGGGUAAAUUAUUGUAAUGAAUUCAAUGUUUUCCAUAUAAAUGGAUAUUUUUAGUAUAAAAAAAAUAGUUAUUUAUUUAAAUUAUUUUCCAUAAAUCGGGCAUUAUUUAUUUAAUACAUGUUAUAACUAAUAUUACAAACCACAACGGUAAUAUUCAUUGUAUAUCAUUGUUGGCGUUAUUGCGUCAAUGAUAUUUCCAUUAAUUUCAAGGAGUAGUGUUCAAAAAUCAUUAUAAUAAUCACAAUAUGUCUAAAUUUUACUUAAUUGCAAUAAUCUAGUUAUUAUUAUUAUGUUAGGCCCUAAGUUAAGUAUAUAAUAUUUUAAUAAUAAUAAUAAUAACACAAAUAAUAAGUUAAAUAAUGUGAUAUUAAUUAGUUUUGACUAUGUAGUUAUAGAAUUUUAAUACUUCCUUGUUGUAUUGUACAUAUUAUUUAUUAAUGUCUUAUUAUUAAAUAAAAUUGUUAUUAUUUAUAA